UUGCAGAGGUUUGACCCGGAAGUGACGCCACAUUGUGUAUUGGAUGUCUUUUGUCGUGUGGUAGCAGCUUUAGCCAUCAAAGAUGACUACAGCUGCAAGGCCAACAUUUGAGCCGGCAAGAGGAGGGAGGGGGAAAGGAGAAGGUGAUCUGAGUGCCCUCUCCAAGCAGUAUUCCAGUCGAGAUCUACCUGGUCACACCAAGAUCAAAUACAGGCAGCCCACCCAGGAUGCCCCUGAGGAGGUGCGUGCCCGUGAUUUUCGCAGGGAGCUGGAGGAGAGGGAGCGUGUAGCUGCACGUGAGAAGACCAGAGAGAGGGGACCACGAGAACACACCACAUCAUCAUCAUCUUCAUCUUCAAAAAGGCCCAGGCUGGAUCAGAUCCCAGCUGCGAACCUUGAUGCAGAUGAUCCUCUCACUGAUGAUGAAGAGGAGGAGAACUCUGACGAAGAAAGUGAUGAUGACGACACUGCAGCUCUCCUGGCUGAACUUGAAAAGAUUAAGAAAGAGCGGGCUGAAGAGCAAGAACGCAAAGAGCGAGAGCAAAAGGCAGAGGAGGAGAGGAUUCGAGUGCAAAAUGUCUUGAGCGGCAACCCACUGAUUAAUUUGGCAGGACAGCAGCAACAGACCCCAACUCCAAAUACAUUCAGAGUCAAGAGAAGGUGGGAUGAUGACGUCGUGUUCAAAAAUUGCGCCAAAGGAGUGGACGAGGCUCGAAAAGAGAAGCGUUUUGUCAACGACACGCUGCGCUCCGAGUUCCAUAAGAAAUUUAUGGAAAAAUAUGUAAAAUAAAGGACAUGGUGUUAACCUUAUCUGAUUAUUUUUUUAAGAGCAGAUGUUUUUUGUUUUCAGCCUUUGAAUGCUUGAUGUCAUUUAUAUACUCUUAGAUUCAUUAGAAGCUGUACAGUCAGCAAGUAAAUCGCUACAAAUAAGUGAGCUUGUGAGUUACAUCCGCAGUGUAAAAUGUGAACAUUCUGUAUUUUAUUUUUCUGUUUUGUUUUUGCUUCCCUUUUUUUUUUAAAUAAAUGAUGACUUUGCUCCCCAAGA